AUCGGAUUGCAACGCGGGUUCAAACCAUGUCUGAGAGCGGCCGGAUACCUCAGGCCCGGGCGCUUCUGCAGCAGUGCCUGCACGCCAGGCUGCAAGUACGUCCAGCCGAGGGAGACGCCGAGAGCCAGUGGGUGGAGGUUCAGAGAGGAUUAGUAAUCUACGUGUGUUUUUUCAAGGGAGCUAAUAAAGAACUUCUUCCCAAAAUGGUUAAUACACUGUUAAAUGUGAAGUUAAGUGAAACAGAAAAUGGUAAGCACGUGUCUAUAUUGGACCUUCCUGGCAAUGUUCUAAUCAUCCCUCAAGCCACCCUUGGGGGGAGAGUAAAAGGAAGAAACAUGCAGUAUCACUCUAACUCUGGAAAAGAAGAAGGCUUGGAACUUUAUUCCCAAUUUGUGACUCUAUGUGAAAAAGAACUGGCUGCCAACAGCAAGUGUGCCGAAGCUGGGGUUGUGGUGGAACAUGGUACAUACGGGAACAGGCAGGUGUUACAGCUGGAUACCAAUGGACCAUACACACACCUAAUUGAGUUUUGAAAAAUUAAAAAGUUAGUUUCUACAGUUGUUUUCUGGUAUAAAAUGGUCUCAACUAUAAUUCGAUUUUCUUCCUCUUCUUGAAUACCUUAAUCUGCAGCAUUUUUAGACAAGAAAAUCCUGGGUCCUAUCCAUACCUCUGCAACCUGUUAAUUGGAUGACCUUGCCUUGCCAAGUCACCAAACUCUGGAUCUCAUUCACCUUUCAUCCUGCUUUCCCCUACACUUCCACUUGAAAACUUGAAAAAUGCUUUCUAGUCACCUUAUAGUCACUGUGGAAAUGUUCUUAGAGAGCUGUAUUUAAGUAUUUUGCAUGAAGAAUUUUGUGCAAUCAAGAAAAAUAUUUCUUAUACCCUCAAAUGUAUGAAGUAUGUAAUAAAAAUAACUUUGUAUUAAAAUUAGGUAAAAUCCCACACA